AUAUAUCGCUGGGUGUGGCGGCAGACGUUGGUCCAGGCGGAGGUACUACGCCCAGCUGGUGGCUGGGUUGACGCGUACACACACACACGCGCGCACACAGCCCUCAGCCAACCAUGCAGACCAUUAAGUGUGUGGUGGUGGGUGACGGGGCAGUGGGAAAAACGUGUCUGCUCAUAUCAUACACCACCAACAAGUUUCCAUCAGAAUACGUGCCCACGGUAUUCGACAACUAUGCUGUGACUGUCAUGAUUGGUGGAGAGCCGUACACACUGGGACUCUUCGACACUGCAGGUCAGGAGGAUUACGACCGCCUGCGACCCCUCAGCUACCCACAGACAGACGUGUUUCUGGUCUGUUUCUCUGUUGUCUCACCAUCUUCCUUCGAGAACGUCAAAGAGAAGUGGGUGCCGGAGAUCACACACCACUGCCAGAAGACCCCAUUCCUGCUGGUGGGCACUCAAAUAGACUUACGAGAUGAUGCCGCCACGGUGGAGAAGCUGGCGAAGAAUAAACAAAAGCCCAUCACCUCCGAACAAGGGGAGAAACUUCACCGGGAAUUGAAGGCCGUCAAGUACGUAGAAUGCUCGGCCCUGACACAGAAGGGGCUGAAAAACGUAUUUGACGAGGCCAUCUUGGCGGCCCUCGAACCACCGGAACCACCAAAGCCAAAGCGAUGCAGCCUCCUGUAGUGAUCUUGCUGUCCGAAGGUCACGACACCACCCCUGGGCCUCCGAGGUCGUGUCAUUGGCUGUUUCCUGACUUUCCAAGGUGUUGAUUGGGUCAUUUAGUGGUGGUGAUGUGGUGUUGUGAUGGUGCUGCUGUUGUUAUUGUUAUUUUUAUUAUUUUUUUUAUUAUUUUUAUUAUUAAUAUUGCUGGUCUGCCACCACCACCACCACCACCACUACUAUUAUUACUACUAAUACUA